AGGUGUGAUGGGAGGGACUACUCUCAGCAGUGAGCUCUUGAUUCUCUUAAGUGAAUCCUCUACUGAGAUUAUUUCAGUUGCUGGAACAAUAUUAUGUGUGGUUCUUUUCUAUUUUUACCUUCAACGAUUGGAUAUUCAACUUAUUGGAGAUGUUUCACACCAAGAUGACCAUUCACCAAUUCCAGAGACAAAGGUCAUGACCUCUACUCUUCCUUUCUCAGUCAAAUUUAUAGAAGAAUCAUCAUCUCCUGCAUCAUUUAAAGAUGGAGUUCUGAUUGAGGUUCAUACAUCAUUUUCUUGCUUCCUUCAUGUGUUUUGGGUAGUUGACUGUACAUCAUUUUCAGAAAUGCUGAGAUCACAAGACUGUCAAUCUGUUAGACCAAGAGGCUUGAAUUUAGCAGGGAAGCUCGAAGGCAUUUCGCAUUCAAACUCUGAAAAAUAUUUCUUGGAUGCAGAUACUUUAAAAUCUAUUCAAUUGAAAUUCAGGGAUGACUUCAACCAAAGCAUCGCAGGAUCAGAAAGUGAAAGUGAUUUUAAUCUUGGCCCAACUCCAAGGUCAAAAUAUCCUCUUGUUAUCCUCAUGAGUCUGCAUGAUGAAAACUAUGAAACUUGGUCACACAGUGUAUCGAUUGACACCAUGCUGUGGAUAGUCCAUCUACCAGACACUGUGGUAACCAAACCUCUUCAUAUCAUUAGCCAAAUGCUCAUUACAUCUCAAGGAUUAGUCUGUGAUGUUCAGAAAAUGUACAUGGCCGCAGAUGAGACCAGCUUUCUCAACGAAAGACCGAGUGUUGACGAGGAACCAUCUUUGGGUGAUAAUAAUCAUAGCAUACCAUUCAGUGAACAUGCAUCUUUAUCAGAUUCUACUAGUAGAGAUAGCUUUGGUGAUGAUGUCAGUAGGAACUGUAUUGUUUGCCAGAAUGCUUCUAUCACACGGGUCAUCAUACCCUGUCGGCAUGCGUGCGUGUGUCAGAUGUGCUUGGAAAUCCUCAAUGCCUGCCCAAUGUGUCGAGGAGUUAUCAGUAGCCAUUUUAGACUUGAUGGGACCGGAAACACGGAUAAUGAUGGGGAUGAACGUUCAUCAGAUUUAGAUGAUAGAGGAAAUGACUGGAAAACCAGACUGUGGAAUAUGAAUGAGAGGUUGAAUGAAUUGUUUGGAUUUAGAUGACAAAUGGAGAUGUGUAUUUAUAUCAACUUAUAGACUUAUUCGUACUUAACAAAACAAAGCUCAGCAAUAUUUUUAUCAGUGUUCAGACAUCAGACAAAUUAUCUCACUUCCUAGUAUCACACACCAUCACUGUCUCUCUCAAGGAAAUAUAUUUUUGU